CCCGGCGCCCCCGUCUACCCGUCCCGUCGCCGCAUUCGCGCGCUCGUUCAGCAUGGCCGCUCUCGUCAAGGCCCUCAACGCGCGGAUCAGGUCAAAUCCGGUGACCGACUACUUUUGCUCGACCCACUUUUGGGGGCCGGCGUCCAACUUCGGCAUUCCCAUCGCGGCCAUCCUCGACACGCAAAAGUCGCCCGAACUCAUCUCGGGCCAGAUGACGGGCGCCCUCACCAUCUACGCCUUCACCUUCAUGCGCUACUCGCUGGCAGUGACGCCGCGGAACUACCUGCUGUUCGCCUGCCACUUCGUCAACGCCGGCGCCCAGAUCACCCAGGGCUACCGCUACCUGGACUACCACCGGUGGGGCGGCAAGGAGAAGCUGGCCCUCGCGACCGGCGUCGAUGGAGCCGCUGCCAACGCUGCGACGUCUGCGUAGUGUGAUGUCAAUCCCUUAAGUAGUGUAUGUAGCAAUUAAUAGACAGCAUUUUGUUCAAGGGAGCCAUUCGUGGGCUUGUUGAAUACGGUGGCUCCGGUAAGUCUAUUUGCCGACCAUGAGUGUACAUUGCAAUCCCUAGAAGCUUGCCCUACGAGGUAGAGGGGGUCAAAAACCGGGGGUACUUUGGAUCCAAAAACGGGUCCCUCUUUCCCUCUGUUA